UUGCCUUUCCUUCAUUCCUUGUGCAACGGAAACCUCGCUGCCUUUCUAAUUCUACUCUCCACCCAAAUAUAAAACACCCCAUAUUUGCCAACGUUAAUUGAUAAAUCAUAAAUGUUCUGUUCCCUUGUCUCUUUUAAAUUCCUUCCCUCACUUUUUCACACGUCUCUCCAUCUUUAAAGCUUUAGCACUUGUUAGUUCUGGCUUGCCUCCGAUUCAGAUUCUCUGUUCUUCAUCUUCUUCACAAAAUACUCUGUUCUUCCCCAAGAAGCACCAUCAUGGUCAGUUGCUUUGUAUUUUGUAGGUUCAAGAGAAAAUUUCCUCGUACCCGAGCUGGGCAUGAUAAAGUUCUACGGAUUGUCAAGUCUGACGGCAAGAUUUUAGAAUACAGAGCUUCGAUCCUCGUAAAGGAUGUUCUGUUGAACUUUAGCGACUGUGGCAUCGGCAUCUCGCAAGAAGCUUUCCGAUAUCUCCCACCUAAUUAUGAGUUGAAGAUUGGGCACAUGUAUUACCUCCUCCCUUCUUCUUCUUCUUCUUCUUCUUCUGCUUGUCUUAGUCCUAGUGCUGCUCCUCCACCAGUAUCUCCCUCUUCGGCUGAUGCCCAUCGCCCAGGCUGUCUCAAGCGAAUUAAAGUGGUUAUAACCAAACAACAACUUCAACUGUUGUUGUCAAAGACAGUGUCGUUGGAGGAGCUACUCUUGGCACGGGAUAAGCCAGCGUGGGAUGGCGUUGAUUCAACGACAAACUGGAAGCCCAAGCUUGAAACUAUACCAGAGGGAAACGAGUGGUUCGGAACUUAUGCCUCCACUGCUCCAUUGCAGCUGCUUCUCUAACCACGAAACUAUUUCUGUAACACGUAACCCCAAAAAAUGGAGGGAUACAAAGAUUAUAUAUAUGUAGUAUAACUGAAAUUGAAAAUUCAUGUGUCACCUGUGGCUGUGUUUUGAAAAAUGAAUCAAGGACGAUACUUCAGAAAACAGAGGUUUUUGCAGUACUGGACUCCAUGUCUUUGUUGUUUUGGACUACUUGUUUAGUUUCUUAGUUUCAAGUUUGAGACACAGCAACAUAAAAGUCAAUCAUCCAUCUCCUCUCCUUUUCUCUCUGUUGGGUAAGAUGGAAUUCAACCAUGGGCCUUAAAACAUGUUUCUUCGGAUAUUG